AUGGUAUUCGAGGCCGCUGUAACAGGACUUCCUGGCAAUUCUUAUGCCUUUACUAACUGUAUCUACGUCCAUCUUGAUGAAUUCAUGUCUCUAGUAAAACAAACACCCAAGGGUGUUGUUACCAAGGAAGAUUUGCGUGCUUAUGGACUGAAUGUCUGGCUUAAUCGUAAGUUUGUAAUCGCUGCAAAACCUCAUAAAGAAAUUCAACCAGGGACUGUUGCUGUUGGAACAAUGCAGCGUAUGUGUGUGGGACUUCCAAUGAAUGAAAUUUGUGAGAUCUCAGUGUACGCGCCUACUAAUUCGUCCAAGAACGUCCUCAGUACUGUCACAUUUGAGAUUCAACAAGUUUUAACACGAGGACAGGGAACUACUCCACGAGUCGUGGACUGUAAUCUACUUAAAGAAGUCUUUGAGUCCGAAUAUACAAAUCAGGUCUUUGCUGUUGGACAACUAUUGGCCGUCAAGUGUGAUGGUCUCCCACUACGGCUUGAGUGCGUUAAUGUGGACACAGUGGAUGGGGAUAAUCGAGCUCCUGACUCGUUUGCCCCGCGACUGGGCGUCUAUCUUCAUGGUGCCAUUGUCAGCUUUACCAAAGCAAAAGACGCCCCUAUUCGUCUUGUUAAUCAGUCCAGUGGUUCAUCGCGCACUGUGUUCAAGCCUGACUUUGACUUCACCAAGCUCGGCAUUGGUGGCUUGGAAAAGGAGUUCAACGAUAUCUUCCGUCGUGCUUUUGCCUCACGAUUGUUCCCGACGGAAGUUAUUCAGAAGCUAGGCAUCCAGCACGUGCGCGGGAUGCUGCUGUUCGGACCGCCAGGUUGCGGUAAGACGCUCAUUGCACGCAAGAUCUCGCAGGCUUUGACUGCAAAGGAGCCGAAAGUGGUCAAUGGACCUGAAAUUCUGGACAAGUUUGUCGGUGAGUCUGAGCGCAAGGUCCGCGAACUUUUUGCUGACGCACGCAAAGACCAGGAAGAGCUUGGAGAUGAGAGUGAUGUGCACAUUAUUAUCUUUGAUGAAAUUGAUGCCAUAUGCAAGCAGCGUGGCUCGAGCCACGACAGCACAGGCGUGGGUGAUAGCGUGGUAAAUCAGCUGUUGACACAGAUCGAUGGUGUUGACAGCUUGAACAAUGUUUUAGUGAUCGGUAUGACGAAUCGAAAGGAUAUGCUGGAUGAAGCUUUGAUGCGUCCAGGCCGUCUUGAGGUGCAGAUCGAAAUUAAUCUGCCUGAUGAAAAAGGACGCGCUCAGAUCCUUAAGAUUCACACCGACCGUGCCCGCGAGAAGGGAGCGUUGCAUCCGAAAGUUAUUGCAGACCUGGAUAACUGUCUUGAUCCGACCAAGUUCGUUAGCGAUGACCCUGACUAUAAAAACCUCGUCCAGCGUACCAAGAACUUUUCAGGAGCUGAGAUUGAAGGUUUAGUGCGUGCCGCCACAGCGCAUGCUCUCUCACGCGGUACGGAUGGACGGACGAUGCACGCUAUUGCUAAUUAUAAUCCUGAAAUAUCCAUGGAAGAUUUUACGUUGGCACUCGAGGAAGUGAAGCCAAAGUUUGGUGCUCCUAGCGAUCAGCUGGCGCUGUACUACAAGAACGGGCUGAUUCCGUAUGGUAUUGCAUUUAGUGACGUGCAUGAAGCACUGACCCGUGUAAUUGAUCAAGUCCGCUCAAACGACAAGACGACACUGAUGUCGGUGCUGCUGCACGGCGAACGUGGUGCCGGUAAGACUGCACUGGCCACAUACUGCGCUGUUGCAAGCGAGUUUCCAUUGGUGCGCAUGGUGAAGGCUUCUGAGCUUAUCUCGCGUGCGGAGAGUGGCAAAUGUUCGUUUAUUUAUAAUUUGUUUGAGGAGGCGUAUCGAUCUUCGCUCAGCAUCAUCAUUCUGGAUGAUAUCGAACGUCUUAUUGACUAUGUUGGUAUGGGUCCACGUUUUUCAAACCUGGUACUUCAGGCGCUUAUGGUGUUAGUCCGUAAUCCAGUGCCCGUAGCUGGACGAAAGCUUGUAGUGAUUGGCAUUACGUCGAAUCUGGGUGCUUUACAAGGCGUUGAGCUGAGUGAUGUGUUUGAUUUGUGUCUGGAGGUGCCACAAUUGACACAAAAGGAUGAGCUCGAGGUGGUACUGACGCAUACGGGUUUAUCUGUAGCGGAUAAUGAGAAGGAUGAAGUGCUGACGUUGUUAUCAGAUCGUCCAAUCUCAGUGAAGAAAUUGUUAUUAGUGACUGAAAUGGCCAAGGAAGAGCUACAUCGUACUGGUGAAAGUCAUAUGACAGCACAACAGCUGAUUGAAUGUGCCUACAAGUUUGUAUAA